AUGUACGUACUAGUCAAAAUUUUACUCUCCAUCAGCUUCAAUAAAGAGAUGUUGAAACGACUCCAGUCGGAUGACAAGACAAAAGCUGCUCAGAGUAUCGGAUUAGUUCCGAUGAAUCUCAAUUCCCAAGAAAAGAUCGCUACACCCAUCAAUCAAACUUUCACCCUCUUCCCGAACCUUCCUCUUGAGCUCCAGCGCAAAAUAUGGGAGUUUACUGCCGUCCCAGUUCCGCGAGCGAUUGAAAUCCAAAGCAAAUACAAAAAAAACACCAACAAAUACGUAACAUCUUUCUACGAAAAAGUCUCCAUUCAACGUCGCAUCCGAUACUACACAAUCACCUCUCCUAUCCCCACAAAUCUUCUGCAUGUAUGUAGCGAAUCCCGCAAUAUCGCUUUGCGAAACUACAGCUUUCGGACUUUUUUCCGUCGCCCGUUUUACUUGAAUGAAGAUACGGAUAUUCUAUGGGUGCGAGGCCCAGCCAUUUUUGGUUUUCUCACAAGAGAUGGUAGUAUCAUUACACACUGUCCCCGGGAAGAAGGAACAUUCCACCACCUGGUCUCAAAACAUAAGUUCCGCCAUCUCGCCAUCGACUACCAAGCCCAGCGCGAACCAUUUCCUAUAUGGUCGAAUUUCUUCCCGGGCCAGCGCAAUCGUGACUGGAAUGUGUGUUUUUGGAGUCACUAUAUUUUGGAGGGUCUUGCGAUUGAGAAAAUCUACUUGGUGUAUACAAAAACCGGAAGAGCAGAAGAUGGUGCAGGAGGAAGCGGAGAGUGUAGGGAGAAGAAUGUAACGGUGGUUAUUCCGGGGAUGUUUGUGUGGUAUUGUAGAGCUACGGAGUUGAGGCGGAGAUUGGGAUUAGGAUUUAAGGCUCCGCCUGUUGAAGCGAUCUUGGAUACAGAGCUCAUGCAACAGUUUCACUAA